UCCGCGGCUCCACUCCACUCCAGUGAUCCAGUCUACACCACCGCUCGGCGCUCGUGCACCACGCUCCGCAAGCCCAAGCCCAGCCGAUCCAUCGCCACCCACUGCCCCCAUGGCGUCCUCCCUUUCCUCCGCCGUCCAUUGCGCCCUCCCGUCGCGGUCUCCGUCCGCGGCGCCACGGCGCGCUUCGUUCCUCCUCCGGGGGGCGCCGCGGCGGCGGCAGAGGGCGGCCGUGGUGGCGGCGGCGCUGGAGGACAUGCGCCCGGCCAUCGACGAGAACCCGGAGGGCGUGCUCUCCGGGGAGUGGACCGAGAACUUCUCCCUCGUCAGCUACGACGACCUCCGCCAGUACCUCGAGUCCCAGAUCAUCGACACCGACAAGAUGAGCCCCACGGCGAGGCUCGGGGACGUCAUGUCGCGCCCCGUGCAGGUGGCCAUGGCGGACCAGAAGCUGGCCGAGAUCGACGCCCUCUUCGCCACCCAGUCCGGCAUGCCCGUGCUCGACGACGAGGGGAGGUGCAUCGGGGUCGUCUCCAAGAAGGACAAGGACAAGGCCUCCAAUGGGUUGGACUCGACUGUUGGAGAAGUCAUGUCUUCUCCUCCUAUAACUCUGACACCUGAGAAGACUGUCUUGGAAGCUGCUGCAUUGAUGCUGAAGCAUAAAGUUCACAGGAUACCAGUUGUGAAUGAACAACGGCAAGUUAUUGGGAUCGUCACGCGCACGGACGUGUUCCAGGCUUUGGAGGCCAACAGGGCGUAAGGCUCUUCCCUGUUCCUCCCUGUACAUUUUGGCAAUGGCGCAGUGUAGCCUGCCUACCGGAGUAACACUCCUGUACAUGAAUAAUAAUCCUAGCAGCCUAGUCUGGAUGUGUGCUGUGUGCCGAGGCCUGCCUUCCUAUGUAUAUCGCUGGCGGGCUCGGCAUGCUAUGUUUCUGCACGAGUUGUAUGCUGUGUGUUGUGUACCUGUGAAAUCUUGAAUAGUUGUUGAAUACUGCUGUUUGCUGGGUCUCUUGUGUGAUGAGUUUGUGAGAAUUGGGCAGUUCA